AUGAAUGAAGCAGUUAAUUUGGAGUCACCGAAAUUAUUGCGAGCUUCAAUUCAACCAUCAUCUUCCAUUUUAUUCAAUAAAACACCUCCACCAACUUCGAGAGCAAUUUCUUCAACCUCCAGGUCAGCUAAUAAAUCCAACAGAUCCAACAAAUCAAACAAAGCAAACAAAUCAUCAAGCUCAUCGACAACAACUCCAUUGGUUUCAUUUCCAACAACUACCAAAUCUUUAUCGAGAUCUUCUUCAAUAGCCGACACAUCAAUUGGUUCACUUAAUUCUCCAUUUGCUUCACCUGCUAAUUCUAUUGUAAAUUCUCCAGUUAAUUCACCAAUUAAUUCGCCUGUUAAAUCGUUCAAAUUGGAUAAUCCAGUGGUUACUGAUGAUAAUAUUGAUACCGUUGUAGAAACACCAUCUACCAGUCGACUAACGACCUUAAUUGAAAAAGUGGCCAAUACUCCAGCUAAGAUAACCACCCCAACAUCAACAGUUCUAGAAACCACCUUAACACCGACUAAGAUUGAUACCCCAAGGAAAUCUCUCUCAGGUGUUUCAUCAGCCAGAGUAUCAACAUCAUCAACCAUUCAACCAACCACCUUAACACCAACUAGAAUUAGUGCUUCAUCAAGACCUAAAAGAUUCCUUAAAAACAAACGAAUUCAAACAUGGAGAGGAGAACGUCCAAUUUAUGUUCCAUUGGAAAACGGAUGCUACAAAAUCAUCGGCACUUCAGCUCCUCACACUCCAGAUUUCAUGAAAAGAAAAAAUGACACAACAAAGGAAAAGUUGUCCAAGAUUUUCCUUAAUCGAGAAAAUCUCAACUGGAAAAAAUUAAAAGUCCACAAGAACCUUGAACAUGCAACACUAAUAACAGCUAAUGAAGCAAAUCAGACCGUUGGUUAUUUCCGUUUUAUCGAAAAAUGCGACAAACCAGUUAACAAAACAGGCCAAUAUUUAUCAUUAUACAUUCUAAUGGAAGGGAGUAUCUCCAUCAAGAUUGAAAACGACCCUCCGGCUCUGAUUAAGAAAUUAGAUCCAGUGAUUAUCCCUCCAGAGACAAAUUAUUCAAUGGAAAAUAUGAUUGACGGUGAAUCAAUGUUAUUUUUCGCUAUUCUCUGA